AUGGAAAGCUCCGCAAUCCCCCUUUUUGAAGAAGUAGAUUUUGAGAAGCUUAGCGAUGAGUGUCAACAACUACUCGCAACCCUUCCUAGAGAAAAAACCUGGGAUGGAAGCUAUUACUAUCUAUAUCAAGGCUUUUGGUUCCGGGCUAUACCCCUUCAUGGCAUCAUUCUCUUUCAGAAACACUUCCAGGUAGAAGACGAAGAUGUAUUAAUCAUCACUUCUGCAAAAUCAGGCACCACUUGGUUGAAGGCCCUCACCUUUGCCAUUGCCAACCGAAAAGAUUCCCCACUCACUCAGAGCCCUUUGCUCACUACCAGCCCUCAUCAACUGCCAGAUUCACUAGAGGCUGGUCUGGAGAUGGUGUGCAAGAGAAUUGAAGGAUGUGGACCAUACUGGGAUCACGUGUUGGGGUACUGGAGGAUGAGUAGGGAGAGACCAGAGAAGGUGUUGUUUCUGAAAUAUGAAGAUUUGAAAGAGGACAUCAUCUAUCAAUUGAAAAGGUUAGCCCACUUCCUGGGCGUUCCUUUCUCUGAGGAGGAAGAGAGACAAGGGAUGAUAGAGGAAAUAUCAAGAUUGUGUAGUCUUGAUAGCCUUAAAAACUUAGAGGUGAAUAUGAAUGGAAUGCACACCAGUGGACUUAAAAAUAGCAGUUUCUAUAGGAAAAGAGAGGUGGGAGAUUGGGUUAAUUAUGUAACCCCUUCCAUGGCAGAGCGAAUUGAAAAUGCUUUUGAAGAAAAGCUCGGUGGCUCUGGUUUAUCCUUUAAAAUGUCCUGCAACACUAAGAACGAGGAUAAUUGA